AUGAAAAAGUACUGCUUAAGUAAUAAAUUACUUUGCUCUAUUCCAUCAGAUGCCAUACACGAGUAUCAGUCGAUCCGCCGCGAAUUAAGUAACAAAAAUCAGCAAGUUACCCCUUCAGCUUUGGAAAAUGGACAAGCGGACACCGAAGUUUUCAACCUUGAUGAAUUUCUACAUGGAAUCUUCAGAGAAAGACAAGCAAACGGCUUAGCUGUAAAGAAAAAACUUGGCGUUGCGUGGACCAAUUUACGAGUAGAGGGUCUUGGUGCUGAUGCCUACACUAUACCAAAUGUUUUCAGUUACGUUACAAACUUUUUAGCUUUCUGGAAAAGAUAUAAAAAGAACACUUCAAGUACAAAAGUUAUUAUUGAUAACCUCACCGGCUGUUGUAAAGAUGGUGAAAUGCUUCUUGUUCUUGGACGUCCUGGUGCUGGUUGUACUUCUUUUCUAAAAGUUGUUUCCAACUUACGUGAUGCCUAUACACAUAUUGGUGGUGAAGUUACUUAUGGUGGUAUUGACCAUGAAACAUUUUCAAAGCACUAUCGCGGGCAAGUCUGUUACAACGAAGAAGAGGAUCAGCACUACCCUACACUCACUACAAAGCAGACGCUUCAAUUUGCACUUCGUACCAAAACCCCUGGCAAUCGUCUUCAGAGCCAAACGAAAAAAGAAUUCGUUGACCGUGUUUUGUAUCUUCUGGGCAAAAUGCUCGGACUAACUAAGCAGAUGGAUACUAUGGUCGGCAAUGCGUUUAUUCGUGGUUUAUCUGGUGGUGAACGAAAACGUCUUUCUAUUGCAGAACAAAUGGCUACCAAUAGCUCCAUCAACUGUUGGGACUGUUCGACUCGUGGUCUUGAUGCAGCCUCUGCUCUCGAUUAUGUUCGAUCUUUGAGGAUCAUGACUGAUAUCUUUAACAUUACCACUAUUGCCACUUUAUACCAAGCAUCUGAUAGCAUCUUUAAGCUUUUUGACAAAGUUCUUUUACUUGAUGACGGUCAUUGUAUCUACUACGGCCCUGUUGCUAGAGCUAAACAAUAUUUUGAAGACCUUGGCUUUCACUGUCCACCUCGUAAAUCCAUUCCUGAUUUCUUGACUGGUAUCUGUAAUCCGCUUGAGCGUGAAAUCAAGCCAGGUUAUGAACAAACUGCCCCUGCCCAUCCUAGCGAGUUCCAAAACGCUUAUUACGGAUCUCCAAUUUACACAAGUAUGUUGCAAGAUGUCGAAGAUUACAAAAAAUCAGUCAGCAACGAAAAUAAAGCACAAGAAUUUGAGAAAGCCGUACACGAAGAACAUCAAAAACGCGCUAAUAAGAAAAACCCUUAUAUCGCUUCUUUUUUCCAACAAGUCAAGGCCCUUGCCAUUCGUGAACAUCAUUUGCUUAUCAAAGAUCGCGACUCGCUUAUUUCUCGCUAUGGUACAAUGCUAAUACAAGGUUUAGUUACUGCUUCUUGUUUCUAUAUGUCCCCUAUGGAUGGUCAAGGUGCUUUCUCCCGCAGUGGUGCCAUUUUUUUCUCAGCUAUGUUCAACACCUUCAUUUCGCAAUCUGAGUUAGUUCGUUUCUUGAUGGGUCGACCCAUCUUGGAAAAGCAUAAACAGUAUGCUCUGUACCGACCCUCAGCUUACUAUAUUGCCCAGGUCAUCAUGGAUAUUCCUUAUACAUUAGCCCAGGUUUUGAUGUAUAGCGUCUGCUCCUACUUUAUGAUGGGUUUGAACUUAACUGCUGGCAAGUUUUUCACUUCUUGUCUUUUCUUAUUCUUCCUGUCCAUGUGUAUGACUGGUUUCUUCCGAUUCUUUGGUUCCAUAACUUCUAGCUUCUUCUUUGCGACUCAGGUUACGGGUAUUAUUCUUCUAGCCACUACAACCUAUACCGGUUAUACCAUUCCUUAUAGCAAAAUGCAUCCAUGGCUCUCGUGGAUUUAUUAUAUCAACCCUAUUACCUAUGCUUAUAAAGGUUUAGUGUCCAAUGAAAUGGGUGGUCAAAUUUAUAGUUGUGAUGGUCCCGGUAAUGCUAUUCCUUAUGGUCCUGGUUACGAUAAUUGGAACUAUAAGGUUUGUACAAUGCAAGGUGGAAACCCUGGAGAACCUUUUGUGCGUGGGGAAGCCUAUCUUGAAACAGCCUUUUCUUACCAUGUCAAAGACAUAUGGGCUCCAGACUUUAUCGUUGUUGUCGCUUUUUUUAUAUUUUUCACCAUUCUCACUGCGAUGGCGAUGGAGUUUGUCAAGUUGAAAAAAUCAUCCACUCUCACGAAGCUUUAUGUCCCAGGAAAGGCUCCUAAGCCUCGUACAAUUGAAGAAGAGAACGAACGGCGUAGUAAGCAAAAAGAAGUUACUGAGAAUAUGGACAAGAUUUCUACUGGCACUACUUUUUGUUGGCAACAUGUGAAUUACACUGUACCUAUCAAGGGCGGCUCCAUUCAAUUGUUGAAUGAUAUCAACGGUAUUGUUAAACCUGGUCAUUUGACUGCGUUGAUGGGCUCAUCUGGUGCCGGUAAAACGACUCUUUUGGAUGUCUUGGCUCGUAGAAAAACGAUCGGUAAAGUGGAAGGCGAUAUUUUCUUAAAUGGUGAAGUGCUUAUGAAUGAUUUUGAGCGUAUUACUGGCUAUUGUGAACAAAUGGAUAUUCAUCAGCCUGCCGUUACUGUUCGUGAAGCUCUUUGUUUCUCUGCUCAGCUUCGCCAGCCUGCUGAUGUACCUAUUGAAGAAAAGAACAAUUAUGUUGAACAGAUCAUUCAAUUACUAGAAAUGGAAGAUAUUGCUGAUGCCCAGAUUGGUUCAGUCGAAAGUGGUUUUGGUAUUUCUGUCGAAGAACGUAAGCGUCUCACGAUUGGUAUGGAACUGGUCGGGAAACCUCAAUUAUUAUUUUUGGAUGAACCUACAUCUGGUCUCGAUGCUCAAAGCUCUUACAACAUUAUUCGUUUCAUUCGUAAGCUGGCAGAUGCAGGCUGGCCAGUUCUCUGUACCAUUCAUCAGCCUUCUGCAGUUUUGUUUGAACAUUUUGAUCAUUUGCUGUUACUCGUAAGAGGUGGCCGCACUGCUUACUAUGGUGAAAUUGGUAAAGAUUCACGCACGAUGAUUGAGUAUUUUGAAUCCAAUGGUGGACCUACAUGCUCUCCUGAUGCCAACCCUGCUGAAUAUAUUCUUGAAGUUGUGGGUGCUGGUACUGCUGGUAAAGCCACUCAAGAUUGGGCGGACAUUUGGGCAGCAUCGAAGGAAGCCAAAGCACUCGAAGCCGAACUUGAUGAAAUCUCCAAAAAGGUGAAUAAAAGCCCUCAUCGUGAAGCUCGUACCUAUGCCACCUCUUUUAGUACUCAAUUCAAGCUUGUCUUUGGUCGUAUGUCGCUUGCUUAUUGGCGAUCUACUGAUUACAAUGCUGGCCGUUUCAUAAAUGUCAUGUUCAAUUCUAUUUUGACUGGUUUUACCUUUUGGAAGCUUGGUUCAUCUUCAACCGAUAUGCAAUACAAAAUUUUUGCUUUGUUUGGCACAUUCAUUAUGGCCUUCACGUUGAUCUUUUUGGCACAACCCAAGUUUAUGACAGAGCGAACAUACUUUAGGCGCGAAUAUGCCUCUCGCUAUUAUAGCUGGUUUCCUUGGGCCGUCUCCGCCGUUUUGGUUGAGCUUCCUUAUGUCGUCUUUUUCGCAGCCUGCUUUAUGUUUGGCUUCUACUGGACUUCUGGUAUGAGUACUGCGUCUGCUGCUUGUGGAUACUUUUAUAUUUCCUUUGUUAUGAUUGUAUGCUGGGCUGUUACAUUAGGUUUUGUCCUUGCUGCCGUCUCUGAAUCUCCUACUAUGGCUGCUCUCCUUAAUCCUACUGUCCUAUCCAUUCUAAUCUUAUUUUGUGGUCUCAUGCAAUCUCCGAAGGCUAUGCCCAAGUUUUGGAGUUCUUGGAUGUACUGGCUUGAUCCUUUCCACUAUUAUAUUGAAGGAUUGACAGUCAAUGAAUUAGAGCAUCUGAAGAUUACUUGUACGGAGCAAGAUUUGUUAAGGUUCACCCCUCCCCCAGGCCAAACUUGUGGCGAAUACACUGCUAAUUUUUUUGCUUCCGGAGCUACAGGUUAUAUUGCUAAUCCUGAUGCUACGCAGCCAGAACAAUGCGGUUAUUGCACCUUCAAGUCUGGACCUGAAUUCUAUGAAACAAUGUUAGGUUGGAGCGCUGCCAAUAAAUGGCGUAACUUUGGUAUUCUUAUUGUCUUUUUAAUGUUCAAUAUAGUUGUAUUUCUUGCGCUUGUAUAUAUGAAGAGAAGAGCUUUACGUUAA